CCAAUAGAGUGCAUUGUGAUGACCACUUAAACGGAAUGUUGUCACUUCUUUCGCCCUGUCUUGAGACCUCAAAGCCCGUAUCUCUAAAGACCAAAGAGUGAACCUGUUUACAAGCAUCCUUUAGCGAUUAUGGCGACUAAUCAACCAUCAACAGCGCCCGCCCAGAAUGGCGACAGCCACAGCUCAAUAUCCAAGGACUAUGAUCUGUCUCAACCCAUCACGUCGACAUCCGGGCUUCGCUCAGGACUGACUUCGUACGGCGACGCACAUUUCUCCCUGUUUCUCAGAAAAGUCUUCAUCAAAGCCCUAGGGUAUUCAGACUCGGCACUCUCCUCGCCCAUCAUCGGGGUCAUCAACACCUACUCCUCAUUCAAUCCUUGUCACUCCAAUGUGCCCCAGCUCAUCGAGUCCGUCAAGCGUGGUGUCCUGGCCUCGGGAGGGCUGCCCGUCGAUUUCCCGACCAUCAGCAUCCACGAGAGCUUUGCCAGCCCGACCAGCAUGUAUCUGAGGAAUUUGAUGAGUAUGGACACGGAGGAGAUGAUCAAGGCUCAGCCGGUGGACGCUGUGGUCAUGAUAGGAGGGUGUGACAAGACAGUCCCAGCGCAGCUGAUGGGCGCCAUCUCCGCGAACAAGCCCGUCAUUCCUCUCAUCACGGGCCCAAUGAUGCCGGGUUCAGUAGAAGGGGUUCGGGUGGGAGCCUGCACAGACUGCCGAAGCUAUUGGGCGCGGUACCGGGCGGGGGGCGUGGACUUGGAAGACAUCAUGUCCGUCAACGAGGAAUUGGCGCCCACAGGAGGCACAUGCGGAGUCAUGGGCACGGCAUCGACCAUGGCUUGUGUAACUGCAGGCCUGGGACUGCUUGAGCUCAAAUCUGGUGCCACCGCCGCGGCCGUGAGCUCGGCCAGGCUGAGAGUCGCCGAGCAAGCUGGGCGCAAUGCAGUGGCCAUGCUUACAAAGGAUGGGAUGAGGCCACAAGAUCUCCUGACCCGGGAGAGCUUUCUCAAUGCCAUCACCGUUCUCCAGGCCAUUGGUGGAAGCACGAAUGCGGUGGUGCAUCUGCUGGCUAUUAUCAAUCGGCACCCCAAAGUGGCGGGCACCAUUGACCUCAACACCUUUGACGAGAUUGGAAGAAAGACGCCAUUGCUAGUUGACCUGAAGCCCAGCGGCGACAAUUACAUGACUGACUUCCACAACGCAGGUGGCAUGUUGGCCUUGAUGCAUACCUUGAGGCCAUUGUUACAUCUCGGUGCAAAGACUUACUCUGGUCAAACCCUCGGUGAGCUCCUCGACACUACUCCCUUCAAGUCAUUCCAAUACUCCCGGCAGAUUGUUCGAUCUCUCCAAGAUCCACUCUACCCUAGCUCGAGUUUGGUGGUUCUGCACGGCAACAUCUGUCCACAAGGCGCGGUUAUGAAAGCCUCGGCCUCGAAGGACCGGAAGCUCCUGCACCACCGUGGCUCGGCCUGUGUCUUUGAAAACACCGCAGACAUGGCCAAUCGCAUCGACUCCCCAGACCUAGAAGUUGAUGCGAAUUCCGUGUUGAUACUCAAGAGUAUUGGCCCGGUGGGCAAUCCAGGGAUGCCCGAGGCCGGACUGAUCCCAAUCCCUCAAAAGCUAGGAAAACAAGGGGUGACCGACAUGUUGCGGAUCAGUGAUGGACGAAUGAGCGGAACUGCUGGGGGGACGAUCAUCCUGCACAUCUCACCAGAGUCUGCGGACCUUGACUCGGUCUUUGGCGUUGUGCAGACGGGGGAUAAGAUCAUCUGCGACGUCGAGAAGAGGACGCUACUCCUCGAAGUAGAAGAGCAGGAGAUCGCUAGACGUAUUGCCGAUCGUAAAACGCGAUCCCAGGUCGCCUCCGCUUCUGGGAAGGCUGAUGGACAGAUGUCGCACAACCCUGAGCCAUGGGUGGAGAGAGCUGGCCGGAGGGGCUAUCGAGGCCUCUACGAGCGUGAGGUCAAUCAGGCACACCUUGGGUGCGACUUUGGCUUCCUUACAGCCAAAGGACCUUCGGGCACUUGAGAAUGUCCCCCGACUGCCACUAUAUUGGGUUUCUGGUAUCACUAGCCAAUGCCCUUGCUCCUACUGCAGUGGCAGCAGGUGACCUUCUGCGAUGACGACCUUGGGAUGACAGCUCGAGGGCAGCCUGAGGCAGAGAGCUGACAUCCGAGGCUUUCCGACUCGUGGUGAAGCGUGCUAUUCGUCGUGCUCAGUGACCUGUCGAGCCCCUUGUUGGACAGUUCUACGUAAACCAUUUGGAGUCAAACCACAACCACCAGGCCUUUUACCUCAAAAGGCAAUUGCUGGCUCGAAUCAAAAUACG